AUGUGUUGCAAUUACUACGGCAACUCCUGUGGCUACGGCUGUGGCUACAGCUCUGGCUACGGCUGUAGAUACGGAAGUGGCUAUGGCUGUGGCUAUGGCUGUGGUUAUGGAAGUGGUUAUGGCUGUGGUUAUGGAAGUGGCUAUGGCUGUGGUUGUGGUUAUGGCUGUGGUUAUGGAAGUGGCUAUGGCUGUGGUUAUGGCUGUGGCUACGGAUACCGCUCCUGUUGUGGCUCCCGGCCAUUUUGCUACAGAAGAUGUUAUUCUUGUUGCUAA